UUAUUAUCGGUAACUUAUCAUAAUAUUGUUAAAAGCUUGUGCUGUCAAAGUGAAAUUAUGAAAUUGUUUUGGCUUCUUUUCGCGAUUGCGCUGUUAUCAGUGUCUCUUGCAGACGGAAAGAGAAAACGCAAAUUCGACGGUGAUUUCGAAUUCGCAGAGGAGGAAGAAUCUCGUGUGGCGCCUCCAAAAAUAGCCGAUAAAAAACGUUGGAUUCAUGAUCCAUCAAGUGAUCUUUGUCGACCUCUGAACUGCAAAAAGAAGGAGCUAUGUCUUUUGGAAGAUGCUUUCACAGCUGUUUGCGUCUCCAAGAAGGAUUUACAUAAAAAUCGAGAUGAAAUCAUAACGAAGGCAAAGCUUUUGGCUGAGGAAGAAGCUCGGCGCAAAGCCCAAGCACUUGCUUUGGCAGAGCAGGAUGAAGCUGAAGACGAUGAUGAUGUCUUUUAUGAUACUGAAGAUGACCCAGAAGAACAGGAGGACGUUAGUGAAGCCAUCACUUGCAAACCUUGCCCGGUGGUGACGCCUACAUUCCUUUGCGGGGCCGACAAUAGGACCUAUAGUUCUCUUUGCCGUUUGGACUAUCACAAUUGCAUACAUCAGACGGCAAUCAAAGUGGCAUGCAAAGGAUUUUGUCCUUGCAAAGACACAACGGAUGCUCAUCUGCGCAAAAAGCAACGCCAAGCGGAACGCAUCAACAAUUUUAUGACGAAGUACAAGAACACCAUCGAUAAAGAUGCCCGUUCGAAGAAAACUGCUCAAUAUACGUUCACACCUGAGGAUUUCAAAUUUGAAAACAAACACUACAAAUAUAUCAAAUACACCAAAUAUAACAAGGAUAACAACAUGAUUUUCUCUGAAGACAAGGAUAGGCAGCGUGGCUUUAACGAUGCCACUCUUGACUUGAAAACUAACAGAAAUCAAAUUCUCACUAACGGAAAUUCAAACACGAAUCCCAACGGAAAUAAUGGAGUUGUCUGUUCCGCCUCUGCUCUUCAGUCGAUGGGCAAUAGACUCUUGGAUUGGUUCUCGGUGGUCAUGGCUGAUUCUAAGAAACGACGAACCCAUAAUAAAUCAAAAGCUCGAUUCCCAAGCGGUUGUAAAUCCGAAGCAAGAUGGAUGUUCGGUCAUUUGGAUCUGGAUGGCGAUUCUAUAUUAUCAGUUCAAGAAUUAUACGACCUGGAGCAUGAUCGCAGCGAACGUUGCAUCAGACCCUUCUUAGAGAGAUGCUCUGGUGAAGGGGGCAAUGUGAGCCCCUCCGAGUGGUGCAGAUGUUUCGAGAGGGCUGAUAGACCUUGCGCUGCCGUCAAAAGGCGAGCUGUGGCAGAGAUGUUGGGUGCAUAUUCACCCGAUUGCGAUGAACAAGGCUUUUAUAAGAGCACACAAUGCCAUUCGUCGGUGGGCCUGUGCUGGUGCGUCGACAAACACGGCGUAGAGUUUGCGAACACGCGCACACGGGGAAAACCAGAUUGUGAACGUAAGACCGAUUCCACAGAGGCCGUUUUGAACAAAGCAAGUUCUUCGUCGGCGCCUCUGGUCGACGAGUCCCUCAACGAGGACGACGACGAGGACGAUGGUGACGACGCCGAAGGAUCAGAGGGCAGCGCAGAUCAGCCGCUUGACUUUUAAUUCAUUCAUUGGUUUUAAUAAUAAAUUGAAUUUAUAAAAUUCGUUUACUGAAAAGUUGAGAAAUAUGUGAAUAUUUGUGAUCAUAUGUUUUCAUUUAAAAAUUUUGUUUUCUAUAUAAAUCGCACAACGGCUUCGGGAAAAGAUGAAAGUCUUGGUUUAAUUGCAUACGGAUUAAUAAAAUUUGAUCGUAAAACUGUAAUAAAGUUCUCAAUUUUAUAAAACUUAUCGAUGAGGGAAAAUUUGAUAGACAGUAAAAUAUAAAAA